UCGAGGAGCGCCAGCGAGCCAAUCAGCAGCGCCGAGGCGGGUUCUCCGCGGCCGCAGCGAGCUGCGGUAGUUAGUUAGCGUUAGCUGGUCUGGCCGGUUAGCGGUGCUGCGACGGUCGAGACGAGAAACGGAGCAAAUACAAGCACAAAGGUGUCUUCAGUAGGACGUCAGAAUGUCAUCAGGAGCGCUCUUUCCUAGUCUGGUGUCGGGCUCACGCAGCUCAUCCAGCAAAUACUUGGUUGAGUUCCGGGCUGGUAAAAUGACCCUGAAGGGCAGCACUGUGACGCCAGACAAACGCAAAGGCACCGUCUACAUUCAGCAGACAGACGACUCCCUCAUCCAUUUCUGCUGGAAGGACAGAACCACUGGAAACGUCGAUGACGACCUGAUUAUUUUCCCUGAUGACUGCGAGUUUAAGAGAGUGAACCAGUGCACUACCGGACGUGUGUACGUGCUCAAGUUUAAGGCCGGGUCCAAAAGGCUGUUCUUCUGGAUGCAGGAGCCCAAAACAGACAAGGAUGAUGAGUACUGUCGUAAAGUGAACGAGUACCUGAACAACCCACCAAUGCCAGGUGCUCUUGGCAGUGGGGGGAGUGGUGGACAUGAGCUGUCUGCUCUUGGAGGAGAAGGGGGCCUGCAAAACCUUCUGGGGAACAUGAGCCAUAAUCAACUCAUGCAGCUGAUUGGCCCAACAGGACUCAGUGGGCUUGGUGGCCUUGGUGCUCUAGCAGGUCCAGGGCUGGCCAGUCUGUUGGGGAGUGGUGGUCCAACCAGUAGCAGUUCAACUUCCAGCUCCCGCAGCCUAUCAGCAGCUGCGACGCUUUCUUCUGGAUCCACUGCCCGUCUAAGCACCACCCAGGCGCCAACAACCCCGGUGACCCCUGCUGCAACCUCCACAGGUUCCCCCACCCUGACCCCCACAACCCCAGCAGCCCAGACCCCUUCCUUGGCUGCCGGAGUGGGAAGCCCCACACAGCCAAUUCAGCUGAGUGACCUCCAGAGUAUCCUUGCCACCAUGAAUGUGCCUGCCAUGGCUGCAGAGGGAGGCCAGGGAGUGGAUCUGGCCAGUGUGUUGACUCCUGAUAUAAUGGCUCCUAUUUUGGCUAAUCCUGAGGUGCAGCAGAGGCUGCUGCCUUAUCUGCCCACCGGAGAAUCCUUACCGCAGAGUGCUGAUGAGAUCCAGAACACGCUCACCUCUCCACAGUUUCAGCAGGCAAUGAGUAUGUUCAGCAGUGCGCUGGCGUCGGGGCAGCUGGGUCCUCUUAUGAACCAGUUUGGCCUGCCUUCUGAAGCAGUGGACGCGGCCAACAAAGGAGAUGUGGAGGCAUUUGCCAAGGCCAUGGAAGGCAGCAAUGGGAAAACGGAUGAUUCUGGUGAUGCCAAAGAUAAGAAGGAUGAUGAUGAGGAUAUGAGUUUGGAUUAGUAAUAGAAGACCCAGGUCAGCUUCUCAAUCAAGACAGCGAGCUCUAUUAUUGUUAGUCAGCCGUGUAGGUCUUAAAAGUAAAGUAUGCUUGUAUGUUUUGUAAGUCUGAUGUCCUGUAAUUAAAACUCUCGACUCCGA